AGAGAAUAAAAGCUGCCAACACGAGGGGACCUCGCUGUGCUUUGCUCCUGGGACUGCAGCUGAGAGGGAGGGUCCGGCCUCUGCCCCCCCGGAGCCGUCCUGUAUCCCCGGGGCCGUCCUGCACCCCGGCUUUGGGGAAGGAGCCUCCCGUUCCCCACGGCCGCCGGCAAGGGGAGUCCCGUCUGUGCCCGGAAGAUGACUAAGGGAGGAGCCUGGUGAGCCUGACCUGGGACCACAGAGGAUCUUGGAGAGCAUCCAGCACCACUGGAACUGAGCACCCAGGGCAGCCAGAUGGACUCUCCCCACCUCAUGGGGUUGUGUUUCCUGCUCCUGGCUGUUGCAGCUCCCUGUCCAAAUAUUGCCAUGCCCAGUGGUCACCCUGCUGAGAGGACACAUGACUCUUCCUCUGGCAAAAUAAAGGUGUCAGUCUUCUACUGUAAAGACUGUGAAAUCAACAUAUGUGAAUCAGGCAGAUUUGAAAGAUUUGUAAAAAUUGCUGAAACAGAAAACGAGGUGUUUUCAGAUGGAAUAAUUGAGUUAGUGACCAAGGAAAAACAAAUCAUUAUGUGCUUCCGGCAAGGAAAUACUUCUGAAGGAAUUUCUGACAUCAUCUGCCUGAAAAUGGUGGGAGUGAGAUACUUGUGUGGCAUCCUGAAUUCUACAGCUUUCUCAGCAAAUGGGAGAGGUAGCAUCAGUCCUGAGGAGAAUAAACUUUGCUGUGAAGCAGAAACAAAUAUCUGGGAGUCCAAUCUUACACUGAAGUGCCACACUGAAAUGUCAGGUGCAGAAACUAGAAAAGCACCAGCUGGUAUCCUUGGUGAGGAAAUUCCAGGUAAUCCUGAAUUUCCCACCAGCAAAAAGGACAUCAUCAUCAUCAUCAUCUCUGUCACAUACCUGCUGUUCCUUGUGGUUUAUGCAGCAAUGGUCAGCAUGUAUUACUAUCGGUGGUAUCGGAUUAUUCAAGGUAAUGUCUGACAAAUUGUUGGUUUCCUGUGGGUUCCACACCUGGUAGUAAGAAAAACA